AUGUCAGAAUCUUCGAAGACGGACUGGAGUUUGGCCGACGGACAUGGCUACGUAUUUGAACGCAGUCAUAUCGCAGCUUGUCGGCUUAAUUUGCAGUAUUAUCUUUGGAAGGAAGCUCUUAACUUUGUUGUACACCACUCGGUUCAACUGUCGAAUGAGAGCGUUAUUGCAGAUAUUGCAACAGGCACCGGGGCUUGGCUUUUAGAUGUUGCUCGCGAUUUUCCGCAAGCUCAAAUUGAGGGAUUCGAUAAUGAUGUACGGCAAGCUCCUCAUGAAAGUCUGUUGCCUUCAAAUGUGUCCGUGAGGCACUGGGACAUCUUCACCGAUUUGCCAGACGAUAUGGUUGGCAAAUACGACUUUGUUCAUGUGCGGUUGCUUGUGCUAGUCCUUAACGGCAACUCACCAUCUUUUAUUCAGAAGCUGUUGAGAAUGUUGAAGCCCGGGGGAUAUUUGCAGUGGGACGAGCUGGAUUGUGUUAAUAUGCAUGUUAAAAAGCCCGACCCCAAGCUUCAAGCCUCGGCCCUAGAGCAGAUCAGAGAAAUGUCGUGGGCAAAUGGUAGGCAUGAUUGGACGGUGAAAUUACCCGAUUUUCUACAAGAAGCAGGUUUCCAGGAUGCAAAGAUUCAAUAUUUUGGGGAUGAAGACCGUUUGGCCAGAGCUUUCAAUGAACAACAUCUCCUGACAAUGGAUGAAUUUGCGUCAAGUCUAGUGAGAAUGGGGAAGGUAGAUGCUUCGAAAAAGUGGUAUCAGCUUAUUCAGCAGGGCUAUGAAGAGUCUACGAAAGGCGCAGCGUUAUGUAUCCCUAGAAUUGUGUGUACUGCGAGGAAGCCCUGA